AUGGCUUCCAAGGUGGUAGCAAAGGCCGCUGGAGGCGUCAUGGACAUUGCCCAGAAACAAACCCUCCAAUCGACCGGCGUCUGGGAGAAAAUACGCCGCGCCUUCGCCGUCGACCCCAACCGCUCCAACGGUGUUCCCCUCAACCCCUACUUCCGCAACCCACCCCCCGGCGCCCUCGACCCUCUGUCCUACCAAGACUCAGUGACCAUCCCCGCGGGCGACAUCGCAGACAAUCCCUACUGGAAGCGAGACGUCCGCCGUAACUACCCCCGCCUCAGCGUCGUCGACCAGUCGGACGCCGUAGCGCUCCUGACCGUCGGCAGCGCGGUGGCGCCCAAGGCCGAGCUCGUCGGCGAGGCGGGCCAGCAGGCUCUCGUGGCGGCUAAGGAGGACGGCCAGACGAAGGGCUUGGCUACGUUUUUGGAGGAGAAGACGGCUAAGGUUGUUGCGGCUGAUGUGCUUGUUGAUGGGUUGCCGCCUUUGCCGAGUGGGCAGAGUUUGGCGUCGGGGAAGUGGGAUGUGCAUAAGUAUAAGCUUACGCCGGAGAAGACUGCUUAUUCGGAGAUGUAUCCUUGCAGGUCGUUCGAGUAG